GCGGGUGGCAGUGUGAGCAGAGGCCCCUCCGCUGUGCUCCUCAUGCUGGUGGGAGCGGCCCUCUCCCCGGGCAGCGUCCCCGUGCGGAGCCACCGCUGGCAGCCGGGCGGCUCAGCGGUCAGCGGUGAUGAGAAGCCAGGACAGCGCGCCGGGCAGCCCGAGGCAGGGCCUGGAAUGGGUGGGCAGAGGCAGCCGGAAGGUCUUGCGCAUCUGGUUCGGCAGGAUGUCGGUGAAGGAAGGUGCGCAGCGCAAGUGGGCGGCGCUGAAAGAGAAGCUGGGGCCGCAGGACUCGGACCCCACGGAGGCCAACCUGGAGAGCGCGGACCCCGAGCUGUGCAUCCGGCUGCUGCAGAUGCCCUCUGUGGUCAACUACUCGGGCCUGCGCAAGCGGCUGGAGGGCAGCGACGGCGGCUGGAUGGUGCAGUUCCUGGAGCAGAGCGGCCUGGACCUGCUGCUCGAGGCGCUGGCGCGCCUGUCCGGCCGCGGGGUGGCCCGCAUCGCCGACGCCCUGCUGCAGCUCACCUGCAUCAGCUGCGUGCGCGCCGUCAUGAACUCGCAGCAGGGCAUCGAGUACAUCCUGAGCAACCAGGCCUACGUGCGCCAGCUGUCCCUGGCUCUGGACACGUCCAACGUGAUGGUCAAGAAGCAGGUGUUCGAGCUGCUGGCUGCCUUGUGCAUCUACUCACCCGAGGGCCACAUGCUGACCCUGGACGCCCUAGACCACUACAAGACGGUGUGCAACCAGCAGUACCGCUUUAGCGUCAUCAUGAACGAGCUCUCUGACAGCGACAACGUGCCCUAUGUCGUCACCCUGCUCAGUGUGAUCAAUGCCAUCAUCCUGGGCCCUGAGGACCUCCGCACCCGCACCCAGCUGCGCGGGGAGUUCACUGGGUUGCAGCUGCUGGACAUUCUGACGCGGCUACGGGACCUGGAGGACGCCGACCUGCUGAUCCAGCUGGAGGCCUUCGAGGAGGCCAAGGCGGAGGAUGAGGAGGAGCUCCUGCGGGUCUGUGGCGGCGUCAACAUGAACAGCCACCAGGAGGUGUUCGCUUCUGUGUUCCACAAGGUGAGCUGCUCCCCGGCCUCCGCCCAGCUGCUGUCCGUGCUGCAGGGCCUGCUCUACCUGGAGCCCGGCCUCCCCUCCAGCCAGCUGCUCUGGGAGGCUCUGGAGAGCCUGGUGAACCGGGCCGUGCUCCUGGCCAGCGAUGUCCAGGAGUGUACCCUAGAGGAGAUGGUGGAGCGGCUCCUGGCUGUCAAGGGGCGGCCACGCCCAAGUCCCCUGAACAAGGCCCACAAGAGUGUCCAGGCCGACCUCGGCCAGAGUCGGAGGGGCAGCGUGCCCCAAAACAGCGGCGCCCCGAAGCCGGGUGUGGAGGACCAGCAGCCCGAGGCGGACCUCACCAGCCGGCACGUGGUCGACGUCCAGAGCACAAGCAGUGUGACUGCCCCAGAGCCGAAGGGCCUGGAGCCGCAGGCGCCCACCCCAAUCCCCCCUGCACCCCCACUGCCUGGCUUGGGAGCAGGGCCUCCUCCCCCUCCCCCUCCCCCUCCACCGCCCCCACUGCCAGGCCUGGGGGCCCCAGCCCCCCCACCCCCUCCACCACCCCCACUGCCUGUCUCUGGUGGGGCCCAGCCUCCCCCACCUCCGCCGCUCCCGGGGUGCCCACCCCCACCUCCACCGCCUGGCAUGGGCGCCCCUCCACCCCCACCCCUGCCGGGUACCUCUGGCUCCUCUGUGGCGGGUGGCGGCGAGGAGGAGAUCAUCGUGCCCCACAGGGACCCUGGCCUGGGCUCUGCCUGGGUCCCCAGCCACCGGCGAGUAAACCCUCCCACUGUGCGCAUGAAGAAGCUCAACUGGCAGAAGCUGCCGUCCAACGUGGCGCAAGAGCACAGCUCCAUGUGGGCCUCGCUGAGCUGCCCGGGCGCCCUGGUGCUGGAGCCUGACUUCUGCAGCAUCGAGCGGCUCUUCUGCUUCCCCGAGGCCAAGGCCAAGGAGCGGGCGGCCGCCGCCGCCAGGAAGGAGCCCAAGGAGGUCACCUUUCUGGACUCCAAGAAGAGCCUGCAUCUCAACAUCUUCCUGAAGCAGUUUAAGUGCUCCAACGAGGACGUCGCUGCAAUGAUCCAGGCUGGGGACACCAGCAAAUUCGACGUGGAGGUUCUCAAGCAGCUCCUCAAGCUCCUUCCUGAGAAGCACGAGAUUGAAAACCUGCGCUCCUUCACAGAGGAGCGGACCAAGCUGGCCAACGCCGACCAGUUCUACCUCCUUCUGCUGGCCAUUCCCUGCUACCAGCUGCGGGUGGAGUGCAUGCUGCUGUGCGAGGGCACGGCCGUCGUGCUGGACAUGGUGCAGCCCAAGGCCCAGCUGGUACUUGCUGCCUGCAACAGCCUGCUCAACAGCCACCGGCUGCCCGUCUUUUGCCAGCUGAUCCUCAAAAUUGGAAACUUCCUCAACUAUGGCAGCCACACGGGGGACGCCGAUGGCUUCAAGAUCCAAACACUGCUGAAGCUCACGGAGACCAAGUCCCAGCAGAGCCGUGUGACGCUGCUGCACCACGUGUUGGAGGAGGCGGAGAAGAGCCACCCGGACCUCCUGCAGCUGCCGCGGGACCUGGAGCAGCCCUCCCAGGCAGCAGGGAUCAAUCUUGAGAUCAUCCGUUCCGAGUCCAGCAGCAACCUGAAGAAGCUUCUGGAGAUGGAGCGGAAGGUGUCCUCCUCUGUUCCAGAGGUGCAGGAGCAGUACAGCCAGCGCCUACAGACCAUCAUCAAGGCCUCCCGGGCGCUAGAUGAGGUGUUCCAGGCCAUCGAGCAGAAGAAGCUAGAGCUGGCCAGUUACCUGUGUGAGGACGCCCAGCAGCUGUCCCUGGAGGACAUGUUUGGCAUCAUGAAGACUUUCCGCGACCUCUUCAUCCGCGCCCUGAAGGAGAACAAGGAGCGGAAGGAGCAGGCGGCGAAGGCCGAGAGGAGGAAGCAGCAGCUGGCGGAGGAGGAGGCGCGGAGGCCGCGGGGCGAGGAUGGGAAGCCUGUCAGGAGGGGCGUCGGGAAGCAGGAGGAGGUGUGUGUCAUCGACGCCCUGCUGGCCGACAUCAGGAAGGGCUUCCAGCUGCGGAAGACGGCCCGCGGCCGAGGGGACGCGGAGGGGGGCAGCAAGGCGGCCGCCGCAGACCCCCCGAGGGACAGGGCGCCUGCGGCCGCCAGAGGCCCCGCGGGAGGCGGCGGCCCCACCUCCGAUCCCCGGGGCUUGGACCUCGCGGACGCCGUCGCCCCCAGCCCGCAGCCCGCCGUGGACGCACCCGAGGACGGCGGGCCCGGGCCCCAGGAGAGACGCUCUUCCUGGUACACCGAUGCCAGCGAGUUCCUGGCCCCCGAGGAACCCCAGGGGCCCCCGCCUCCUCAGGGCGCCUGGCCAGUGGUGCUGGGAGGGGCCCAGGCCCUGAAGCCUCUCAGGAUCUCGGGUGACAAGCCCUCCGGGGCCCAAGACACUGAAGAGCCCACAGCCCCUCGGGGCGUCUGCCUGGCCGAGGCCGACAGCACCGUCCGGGCCCCGCAGGAGGCCGCUGCCCGCAGCCGCAGUGCCGACCCCCCUGCCACAGGCCCUGUCGGGGACGGGGAUGGGGACCAGGAGGACACAGCCCCAGACUCUGCGCUGGACACAUCCCUGGACAGGUCGUUCUCUGAGGACGCAGUCACGGACUCCUCGGGGUCCGGCACUCUCCCCAGCGCCCGGGGACAGGCCUCGAAGCGGAUGGGCAGGCGAAGGAAGAAGCGCCCCUCCAGGAGCCAGGAAGGCCUCAGCCUUAAGCCCAAAGCCAAGUGAGCGUGCCCGCGGCUGGCCCCCCAGCACUGGGUCACCGGAUGUGCCGCUGAGUGGGGCUCCCCCGGGCCAGGCUGGAACCGGGCCCCUGGGAAACCAAAACUCUGUGCCUUACCCUCCAGGGACAUGGGGCUCCCCCAGCUUCUUGGGGCAUUUUGGCCGAGACCCCAACAGGCCCAGGGCCCGGCCCCGGCCCCGGCCCCUCCCAGACAGCCUGCACGCCCCCAGCGCCCCGGUCUGCUUCCUGAAUGCCGUGGCCGCGCCUGCACCCGCAUGCACCACAGCGCUGCCCGCGGGCUGAGUCCCCAGGGCAGGGGCCUGUCCCCAGGGCGCCAGCUUACAGGCCUCCAGCCGCGCGGCCCCGGAUGCUUCUGGAGACCGGCCCUCGAGCCCUCUCCCCACAAAGCCACGGGAGCCCCCGACCCUGCCGCCGCCCCGUCCCAGGCCCCAGCCCCCGGCCCCCUGCUCCCGCUCUGCCCCUCCACCUGUUCAGCUGCGCUGGAGCAGAGCGGGUUUUAACUGAAAUAGGAUUGCGUAUGCACUUCUGCUCUUCUGUGGUAGCUGAGUUGUGCGUGGGUGCGUGGGAGGGGGGGAGGGAGGACCCUAGGGCCUUGGGUAGGGGCGGGCUGGCCAGCAUCCGCACAGACAGGCCACGGCCCCCCUGCUCCGCAGACCGGCGGGCGAUCCCACGGAGUUGGCCCCCAUCCCGGUACAUCCAGCCCUGGGGUAGCCGGGCGUCCACCCUCGCUGCCACGGCCAGGGCCUGGCCACCUUGUCAACGGAGUGACCCACCCUGCCCCCGCCGCCUCCUCCGGGGAGCCGGCCACGACCCCCCCGGGCUGAGAGGUAGCCCAAGGCGUCUGGAGAGGCUCAGACCAAUAAAGGAGAGCUGGCCCAGGGA